CCUUGAAGACUUAAUGAACACUUAAUAAGUGACUUAAGAAAUAGGUAAGGACAGUCUAACGAAAUUACUUUCAUUUAGUGAUAAAUUAUAUACAGAGAACAGGGUUGUAACAUCAACAUAGUGGUCGCCCAAUUACCUCAUACAUUCUUAGCCUCAUAUUCCUAAAAUGAAGAAGGAUCAAUAACAGAUUAAGUGAG